GGGGGCAAAUUCUUCUUUUUCAUUAUACUUAUUUUACCUGUAUGUAUAUACCCUGAAAUUUCUUUACCAAUUUCAGAGCAAAGAGAGUGACAUGUUGCAAUGCAUUUUUCUUCUCUCCGAUUCCGGGGAGGUAAUGCUAGAAAAACAGCUUACUGGACAUUGGGUUGAUAGGUCAAUAUGUUCUUGGUUUUGGGAUCAGUCAAUUGCUCAAGGUGAUUCCUUCAAGCAUAUACCAGUAAUUGCUUCACCAACCCAUUACCUUUUCCAAGUUAAUCGUGAAGGAGUUACUUUCUUGGCUUGCACCCAAGUGGAAAUGCCACCUUUAAUGGCAAUUGAGUUCCUGUGCAGAGUAGCUGAUGUCCUGUCAGAAUAUCUUGGAGGGUUGAAUGAAGAUUUGAUAAAGGACAAUUUUAUAAUUGUAUAUCAGCUUUUGGAUGAGAUGAUAGACAAUGGUUUCCCUCUUACUACAGAACCAAAUAUACUAAGGGAGAUGAUAGCUCCUCCAAACAUCGUAAGCAAAGUAAUGAGUGUUGUCACUGGUAGCACUUCCAACAUGAGCAGCACACUUCCAGGUGCAACAGGAUCUUGUGUUCCUUGGAGAAAAACGGACCUGAAGCAUACAAGCAAUGAAGUUUAUGUCGAUUUAGUUGAAGAAAUGGAUGCAACUAUAAAUAGAGACGGGGUUCUGGUGAAAUGUGAGGUCUGUGGCGAAGUUCAAGUGAAUUCACAUCUUUCUGGUCUUCCUGAUCUUACCCUUUCAUUUGCAAAUACUUCCAUCUUGAACGAUGUGAGAUUCCAUCCUUGUGUUCGGCUACGACCGUGGGAAUCAAACCAAAUUCUGUCUUUUGUUCCUCCUGAUGGACAAUUUAAGCUCAUGAGCUACAGAAUAAAGAAGUUGAAGAGUACCCCAGUAUAUGUAAAGCCACAAAUUACUUCAGACUCAGGGACAUGUCGUAUUAGCUUGUUAGUUGGGAUACGCAAUGAUCCUGGGAAGCCAAUUGAUGAUAUAAGCGUGCAAUUUCAACUCCCUCGUCGCGUUUUAUCUGCGGAUCUUACAUCAAAUUAUGGAACAGUAAACAUCCUUUCCAACAAGACCUGCACUUGGUCCAUUGGUCGGAUGCCGAAAGACAAAACUCCUUCAAUGACUGGAACAUUAGUGUUGGAAACAGGUUUAGAGCGGCUUCAUGUAUUCCCUACAUUUCUUGUGGGAUUCAAAAUUAUGGGUGUUGCACUCUCAGGUUUGAAAAUAGAAAGACUUGAUUUCAAGAAUCUACCUACGCGGCCUUAUAAAGGGUUUCGAGCUCUAACCAGGGCUGGGGAAUAUGAAGUCAGGUCAUAAAUAUUAUGGUUUCUUGAUCUUGAAUUUCACAGUUUUGGUGUUGCUUGAGACCAGGUUGUUAAAACAGUUUUCUGUAUGAUAGAUACCAGUAUUAGAAUCUUACUCUUACAUGGUUUUUUAUCCAAUUUAAAGAAAUAUCGUACUAUUUCAGAAAGAGAUUUUUCUGUAUAAUUGUCACACCAAAUUCAUUAAAUGAAACAUGCUUUGGAUUGAUCAACGAUUCAUAUGCUCUAUAAACCAGAUUAUGCAA